CUCAAAAUUGACACUUGUAUUUUGCACAAAUGCUUUACACCAACCUUUUACAUUUAUUUAUAUCCUUUAUUUCCUGUUCAGCUUGUUUCUCAUCUCCUCACCCUAUUUUACCGCACCAUAUACACCUAAUGGAGAUGAAAACAUACGCUACCUACGAUCAAUGCAAUUUUUCUCUGAUUGCCCCCAAGAAAGUGAUAAACCCCUACAAGAAGGAAAUUGAAAACUUGGUGCAACAGAAACCUUUCGGAACAUUUUGCCUGAAAUGUGCAACGUGCUUGGCAGUUGCAGACCAGAUAGCUCUUACUAUAAGAAGAAUAUUGGAAAAUUCGAAAACUGAAAACAUGGGACAAGAUUUUGCGAAUGAAAAGCUUUCAGAAGAAAUAAAUGACCUGUGCACUAGUGGAUUUAAAAAUUUCCAUUUACGGAAGUACAAUCAAAGCAAUCUAGUUACCAAUAAAUUGAAAUGUACAGAACACGUCAUCACAAACAUGGAUGGAAAUUGGACAAAAAAGUUACGAGAAAAAUGCAAGUUAUACACGUCUUACAUGGACCUGAGCCAUAUUAGUAAUGAUUACGUGAAUAAAACAGAUGAGCUCACUAAAAACUUGUGCAGUGGUUCUGGAGUUUUCAGAGAUUGUCACAAUAUAGAAUUGGGAGAACUCAAAAAAAUUCUCAGUGAACUGGAAUGCGGCGAAGAUUGAACUUGUCAAAAAUGAGUAAAGAGUCUAGUGUCACAGAAUCAAAGUUAUAAUGUGCUACAACACAAAACCUUUUAUAUUCUUUUCUUACAAAACUUAUUUAUGUAAAACUACAUAAGAACUAUCAAAAGAUCACAUCCACAUAAU